AUGGCGGGCGACUUCCCACUAGCAAAGUGGCACGCAACUCAUCCCGAUCUAAUCAAGACUGUCACUGACAACCAAGACCAAGGCUUACCAAUCACAUUCGACGAUUGCGCAACCAAGAUACUCGGAUUAAAAUGGCUCCCUCAAGAGGAUGCAUUUGCAUUUUCAACAAGGAACUCUUGCGCUAAAGGCGGACUCACAAAACGCCUCAUUUUAUCUGAAGUGGCUCAGAUUUUUGAUCCACUUGGCUUUGCAUCACCUGUAGUGAUCAAGGCUAAAAUUCUCUUGCAGGAGCUUUGGCUGCACAAGCUCCAAUGGGAUGAACCACUGCCAUCCCAGCUCUCAGCCAGGUGGCUCAUCAUCAGAGAAGAACUCACAAGUUUGGCCAAACUCUCAAUACCUCGGUGGUUCAAUAGAUGGAGCGAUUCGACGGUGGAACUUUACGGAUUCUCUGAUGCCUCUCAAUUAGCAAUGGCUGCAGUCAUAUACAUCUCCGUCCGCAACUCAAAAGGCGCCACGAUCUCACUUGUGUGCUCCAAAACCAAGGUAGCACCUCUCAAGCGACUCUCAAUCCCUCGACUUGAACUCACAGCAGCUCUACUGCUUUCUCGACUCAUGAAAUACGUCAAAGCCACUCUACAAAUGGACGUAGCGACCACUCACAUGUGGACGGACUCUCUCGUGACACUCUCGUGGAUCAGAUCUCAUGCAUCGCGCUGGAAAGAUUUUGUCAGGAAUAGAGUAGCACAAAUUCAAGAACUCACUCCAGACGCUCACUGGAGAUACAUCCCUGGAACAUCUAAUCCAGCAGAUUGCGCUUCACGAGGCCUCACAACUGCUCAACUUCAACAUCACUCAUUGUGGUGGAAUGGACCGUCAUGGAUACUCAAGCCAAACUCGUGGCCGUCACAACCAGCACUCACCGACAAGUUGAGUGCAACUGAAGCUCGUCCAGGUGUCUCCUUAUUGGCGAUUACACCAAAGGCUGACUACCACUGGGAUAUCAUUUACAGGUACUCAAAUCUCAAUAAAUUAUUGAGGAUCACAGCUCUUUGUUUCAGAAUCAUCUCGCGAUUGAGAAAAGUCCACGACUCAUCGCCUGUCAUACACACCUCUCCCGCGGCUGUAGAAAGGGCACGACUCUUCUGGAUUAAAGCAACUCAAGCCACGUAUUUCUCUCACGAACUCAAAAUGCUUCAAUCUAACUCACCGUUGGCAAAAGCACACGCAUUCAAUCGAUUAACUGCUUACAUCGACGCCCAAGGAAUCAUUCGCGUCGGCGGACGACUCGCUCACGCGGCGCUCUCAUUCGAUGUAAAGCAUCCUGCAAUAUUGCCUCGACACUCUUAUCUAUCAUCGUUGAUCAUAGCUCAUGCCCAUCAACGGACGUUACAUGGGGGCACACAGCUCACGCUCUUGUAUAUCCGACAACAAUAUUGGAUUUUCGGCGGACGGGCUCCUGUCAAGUCACACAUCCUGCGCUGUGUCAAGUGUGCUCGGCAGAGGGGGAUCCGUGCUCAUCAGCUGAUGGGCCAACUACCUCUUUCUCGAGUUACGCCGGCACGGCCGUUCACUCACACAGGGGUGGAUUAUGCGGGACCACUCACCGUUAAAACUUGGAAGGGAAGAGGUGCCAAAACCAGUAAAAGCUGGAUCUGCGUCUUUGUGUGCUUCUCAACCUCAGCAGUACAUCUGGAGACGGUCGGUGAUUACUCUUCCGAAGGAUUCAUUGCCGCCUACCAACGAUUCGCAUCGAGACGCGGCAUUGCUCACACCUUGCAUUUGGACUGCGGCACCAACUUCAUCGGGGCGGAUACAGCUCUCAAAAGGCUGUUUAUCCAGAGUACUCAGGAACAUCAACGAAUCUCUCAACUGCUCUCCGAAGACCAUACCCGGUGGGAAUUCAAUCCCCCAGCAACACCUCACAUGGGUGGAAAAUGGGAGGCGGUAGUAAAAUCAAUCAAAUAUCAUCUACGACGCACCAUUGGAGAAAACGUGCUCACCUUCGAAGAACUCGCUACACUACUUACUCAGAUUGAGGCAAUUCUCAACUCUCGAUCUCUCGAGCCAUUGAGUGACGACCCAGAAGACAUAUCAGCGCUCACACCAGGUCAUUUUCUCAUCGGAAGCUCUCUUACCACUCUACCAGAACCUUCGCUCACGGACCUGGCGAUCUCAAGGCUGUCACGAUGGCAACUCAUCCAACAAAGAGUACAACAAUUUUGGACCCAAUGGUUAUCUCAUUAUCUACAACGCCAACAAGCAAUCUCAAAAUGGCACCACAGGAACAAUGAAGUCAAAUUAGGGUCAUUGGUACUCAUCACCGACGAGCGGCUACCACCAUGCAAAUGGCCAUUAGCCCGGGUAACUACCUUACAUCCAGGAAAGGAUGGACUCGUUCGGGUGGUGACGCUGAAAACUGCCACUACCACUCUAGUUCGGCCAGUGAUCAAGCUCGCUGUUCUGCCAGUACCAUCAUCAGAGUAGGAAUCAUCAACAAGGUUGCUGAUGGCGGGCGGAAUGUUCAAGAAUUAUUGAAUGUAUUAAUUUCGCGAUCGGCUAGAUGGCAGCAUCCGCCGGGCGCCACGAACAAAGAUUAACUAGGAUCGGCGCAUCGCGCACGCGUAGGCCGGCUCGGGAAGACGGGCUGUUAUCGGCAGUGUGUGCUAUGGCUACCGUGUGUACAUACGAGUGAUCGUACAUGCAGGCAGUUUUUAGUGUGUUUCUCAUUCCGUGGAUAUUCUCAUUCUACGCUCUCAGGAAUAAUCAGUCAGCUCAUUAGCAGUCACAUCAGGGAACUCAAGUGCAUCACCAACGUCUGCUCAGACUCACCACGUGUAGCGCAGGCCGGCGCCACGUGGGUCACACGGCUCAGGAGCAUCACCU